CAGUGUGCAACUGCAAUCUCCACGCGAGAAAGUGCAGAUUCAACAUGGAGCUGUACAAGAUGUCGGGUCGUGUCAGCGGAGGCGUUUGUCUGCAGUGCCGGCAUUUUACGGCAGGAAGGCACUGUCAUUACUGCCGCGAAGGUUACUACAGGGACCCGGCGAGACCGAUCACGCAUCGCAAGGCCUGCAAACCCUGUGACUGCCAUCCGAUCGGUGCUUCUGGGAAGACCUGUAACCAGAGCAGCGGCCAGUGUCCCUGCAAAGACGGCGUAACCGGUAUUACUUGCAACAGAUGCGCCAGGGGCUACCAACAGAGCAGAUCGCAUAUUGCGCCUUGCAUCAAGAUACCCAGGGUCGUGCAGACGCAAGGCAUGGCCGGUGAGGAGAGUGGCGAGCACGAGGAUGACGACGAGGAGCGCGGAUACGACGGACGAGCUGAUCAGUGCGGAAAGUGUCGCGCCAGCACGAAGAGGCUAAAUCUCAACAAGUACUGCAAAAGAGACUACGCUAUUCUGGGCAGAAUAACGGACAGACACAAGAAAAGCGACGGCUCGCAGGCCGGCACGAGCGUAUCAGGCACAUCCUGGAUCCGAUUCACUCUAAACGUCGACUUCAUCUACAAGAAAAACACUAAUUCGAGGAUUCGACGUGGCGACAUAUCCCUUUACGUUCACUCAGCUGAUCUGGCCUGCAGAUGCCCCAAAAUUAAGCCCAAUAAAUCGUACUUGAUCCUUGGCCAAGAGAGUGACGGCGGUGGCCAAGGUGGACUCACAGUAACACAGAGGUCGAUCGUCAUCGAGUGGCGCGACGAAUGGCACCGCCGAAUGCGCCGUUUCCAACGAAGGGCGAGAUCGUGCCAUUGAGAUGUUCGUACGUCGCGAGAAGAGAGGAAGAGAUAAAAAGCAAGCUAGAAGAAUGAAAGAGA